AGGGCAUGAGAUAUAUAUUGGAAAAGGGAAUCUAGGUAUAGAAGUAUAUAAGGGCUUAAGCUUCAAACUAAAAAGAACCAACUUCAAUAGAAGUUACUACUUACCAAAACCACACACAAACCCAUUUCUGCGGCAAAUCCUCGAAGCUAGUUCAAACUAGUGGGAGGUUUGUCAGCUAGCUGCUAAUUAAGAGCUCUUAAAUUUCAUCCAUCAAACAACCCCAAAAAUUCAAACUUCACAUAUUAAUACAAUUACCAAUUAAUACAGCCAAAUUAUAUAUAUAUAUAUAUUGUUUUCUUUUUGUUUUUUGUUCUUGAAAAAUCAAUAUAUAUAUUAUAUAUAAAGGAAAUUAUAUAUGGCUCGUGGAAAAGUUCAGCUGAGAAGAAUAGAGAACCCAGUUCACAGACAAGUUACUUUCUGUAAGCGCCGAGCUGGGCUCCUUAAGAAAGCCAAAGAGCUUUCUGUUCUUUGUGAUGCUGAGAUUGGACUUGUCAUCUUCUCCGCCCAUGGCAAGCUCUACGAUCUCGCCACAAAAGGAACCAUGCAAGGGCUUAUAGAGAAGUACAUGAAGUCGACCAAGGGAUCUCUGGUGGCUCAGGCUGAUCAGCAACAGCCCAUUUUACAGACGCAGUCUGAUCAGCUGGAUGCCAAAAAUGAAAUAAGCAUGCUGAAACAAGAGAUUGAAAUACUACAAAAAGGUCUCAGAUACAUGUUUGGAGGAGGAGCAGGAACUAUGAAUCUUGAUGAACUCCAAAUUCUUGAAAAGAAUCUGGAAUUGUGGAUUUAUCAUAUUCGUUCGGCAAAGAUGGACAUCAUGUCUCAAGAGAUCCAAUUGUUAAAAAAUAAGGAAGGAAUACUGAAAGCUGCAAAUAAGUAUCUCCAAGAUAAGAUAGAAGAGAACACUACUACUGCAAGUGAUCUUGAUUUUGUACCAAUGAUGACGACUAACAAUCCAUAUCCCUUAACCAUAUUACAGAAUGGGAUAUUUCAGUUCUAACACACAGGCUAUAUAUGUCUUUGACGUUGUUAGAAAAAAUUACUAUAUAUAUAUAUGUAUAAUAUCGUUUGAUAUAUAUCGACAUAUAUAUAUGUACGUAUAUUUAUAAUAGUAUUGUUGUUGUGUAAUAUUCUACUACUGUUUAUUAAUUGGCGUGUUUGCUAAAUUGAAAACAAUUAAGGUAUGCUUUGAAUUAUCAAGUGGGUGCAUGUAGCCACUUGUAUCAAUUAUAAUAUAUAUAUAAUAAUAAUAAUCCAUGUACUAUAGGUUGCUGAGAUUAUAAAUAAGAACGGCAUUAAUAUAUAUGCUGUUUCAUACAUUUCUACAGUUUGUUUAAUAAUAAUAUUCUAUGUAUUUGGGUUUAUAUAAAUGAUCAGCUUGUAACUUUUCAUUAUAA